AUGCCUAAGCCACAUGCAGGAAAGUGCAAGUCGCUUGACUUUAGUAUCAAACAAGAAGUUGUGAAACGCAAAGAGGAAGGCCAGGGCAAUUCUGCAAUAGGCCGUGCAUUAGGCCACAGUGAAUCAACUGUAAGGACAGUAUGGAAGAAAAAGGAUGAAAUCAAAGCAUCUGUUAAAGCAUACGGUACUUCUCAGAUUGAUAAUCACAAGCGUGCUUGGGAUGAGAAACUGAUAAAAAUGGAGAGAUUCUUUGCCCUUUGGAUUGAGAGGAAAGAAAAAGAAGGCAGUUCCGUAGAUAAACGUCAGAUCAAACAACAAGCGAAAUGCUUUUAUGAAGUGAUUUGUCGUAAGACAAAUGUUCCUGUGGGUAACUUUCAUGCCUCCAAUGGCUGUCUGCAUCGUUUCCUUAAACGCAAGGAAAUAAGGAAACUUGGCUACUCAGGUGAAACGGCCAGCGCCGAUGCCAAUGCAGCAAAGGAAUUUCCCAGUGUCCUCAAAGAAAUUAUUGAUGAAGGCAAGUUUCACCUUGACUGCAUUUACAACAUGGAUGAGGCUGGGUUAAUGUACAAAAUGCCUCCCAAGUCAAUUUGGAAGUGUGAACAGUUAGGCAUCCCAUUUAAUGUGAUGCUAAUAAUGGACAACUGUCCUGCUCAUCCCCACUACCUGACUGAUCUUCACCCUAAUGUUAAAAUUGUUUUCCUUCCACCGAAAACCACAUCUAUUGUUCAGCCACUUGAUCAAGAGUUCAUAGGCAAUGUUAAAUCUAUAUAUCAAAAGCUUGUUUAUGAGGAUCUUAGACUGAAAACUGAAUGUGGAGCAGAGAUCCACCAGAUAAUCGCAGAAGCAAACGGGGAAUACCAGGAUGCUGACAUCGAUGUGGAUGAACAUCUACCCCUUGAAGUGGAGGAAACAGAUCAACUUGUUAUCCAACAAUACACCAACCCCAAAGCAAUUUCUGUCCACCAUUAUUGGAGGGAAUUUACUGUGAGGAAUGCAAUUGACUUCCUCUUGAAGGCUUGGGAUGAGAUUAGCAUGCCUACAGUGCGUCAUGCCUGGCGGCCCUUAGUGCCCCACUUGGUGUCGGAUGAGCACGGCAAAGUCCAGACACUGAUGGAAGCUGCUGCUGUUGCAUGUCGUGUUCCUGGUUUUCAGAAUGUCACGCCAGAUGAGAUUAAAGAGAUGAACAUCGCUGGGGACAUAAUGACACCUGAAGUUAUCAUGGAUGUGGCAACUAUUGAGGAUGUUCUAGGGAAUGAAAACCAAGGCAAGGCGGUGGAAGCUCCACCACCUGGUGAGCUCAUCAUGCAGCAGUUGAGCAGAAUACUGGCUGGGGUUGACACUUUUAAAGACCAACAAGGCUUGUACCGCCAGCCGGAUACUGGGUGUCACCAUCGCGCAGCAGGUACUGGCAGGUCAUGA